AUGUCUGUAUCAUACGAAGUUAAACCAUCCGAUGAAAUUACUGGUGCACCAGAAGUAGAUUACUAUACCCCAGAGCAACCAGCUCAUGCAGGUACUUUCUAUAGAGAAGCCCCAGAUCAAGUUAUUCCAAAGAUAUUCCAGCCUUUGAAAAUUGGUAAAAUUACUUUACAAAACAGAAUCGGGGUUAGUCCAAUGUGUCAAUAUUCUGCAGAUGAAAACCUUGAGGCUACCCCUUACCAUUUGAUUCAUUUCGGUGCAAUGGUUACACGUGGUCCUGGUAUUAAUAACAAUACUACUAGUACUACCACUGCCACUACCACCACUGCCACUACCACUACCACCACAUCCACAUCCACACCCACAUCGAAACAUUUGAAGAAUGGAAAUAAAAGAAGAAGAGUCAUAAGAGCUUGUGAUACUUGUCGACAAAAAAAAGUAAAAUGUGAUGGUAAGCAACCAUGUAUUCAUUGUAAAGUAUAUUCAUAUAAAUGUACUUAUGACCAACCAAAUAUUAGAAGAAAAAAAAAUUCUGGUAUUCCUGUACCUUCACAACCAAGUCCAGCAAUUCUACCAAUGGCUGCUCAAGCUGCUGUUGCUUUUGGUACUAAUUCUAAUCACAAUAGUCCUGAUAAUGGUCAGAAUAUUCAACAUCCUGAUGGUCAAUUCCAGCAACAUCUGCCAUUAAACGAAACAUUACCUAAAACAAAUCAAAUCAUUUUUCAACAAAUUAUAAAUGCAUUGUUUCCAAAACUACAAUUGAAUGGAUUUGAUCCUAAUUUACAACUAGAUUUAAACAAAUUUCAAAAAGCCGUACAAUAUACCACCACUAAAUCUCCUACUUUUGCUUUGAAUUUAAGUGAAAUUUCUGAUUUAAUGCAAGAUCCAAAUGCUGUGAUACCUCCAAAGACAACUUUAUCUGUUGGUUCAUUUGAAGAUACUGGUAGUACAUCAAUGUCUUCUCCUCGUGAAGUUGGAUUAUAUUUACCAACUAAAGAAGUUGCUCUUAAAUUAAUCUAUACCACAUGGAACAAAGCUUGUGUGUUGUUUCAAAUUUUAUCAUCGUCCUUCUUUAUUAGAGGAAGUUGA